AUGGAUUCUCCGGGAGGCGCCGCAGGUGGAGAUUCUCAGCCCCUUGCGGGAAAUUCCGGCAGGCGCUGGACUGGAGUUGCGUCAUUGAGGAAAAUUCUCAGCAUUCCGUGGGAAAUUUCCAUGUCAUCGCCGAAAAUUCUCUUUUACACGCUGCUGAGUCUCCUCUUCAAGGCAGAGGCACUCAGCGUCUUUUACGUUGGCUGGAUCGAUGCUCUAGUCUCAGAAACUAACGCUGAAAGCGUCACUAUGCAUAGAAAUGUUGCCUUCAUUUGGCUUUCCAAGCCUCUGUUGAGCUUGUUCAACGAUUGGCUCAGUCGCUGUUUCUGGACCCUUGACGACUUUAAGGAACUGAUUUUGAUCCUAUCAGGGCGGAGGCUCGUUGAGGCUUUGCUUAGGAAACUCCUAAAAAGGCAAAAGAAAAUGGAAGAAUACUCUAUAUUUGGGCAUAAACUCGACCUUGAAAACGAACCGAUUUUCAAGUACUACAGACAGACGAGUCAAGAUUCUGUCUCGGAUGAGAAGGUAGACACAGGUAAAUACAACGCAAGUAUCGUUGUAUUGGUCAUUGCUGAGCUCAUCAUGAUGUUUUAUUCAAUCGCAAUUUACGUGGCAUAUCUCGUUGGAGAAUUUGACAAACCAUGGAUAGACACUGCCACUAUAAUCUUUACCAUUUGUGUCGUCUACACAAGCUCGUGUGCCGAUGGACUCUUUUCAAGGCACUUGAGACAUCGCAGUGAGGGUAUAUAUGCAAAGGCAAUAUCGGCGAGGCUGGCACUGCAUGCAUCUUAUGCGGUUUCAAUCGCCCUGUGCGUUGUAUUGCCAAAUACCUUACCAUUUGUUACAGACAUGUUCAAUACGAACAUUUUAUUUCCUAUAUUUAUCAUUUCAAAUGGAGUGUGUACACUCUGGUUGCUCUAUGAUCCAACAGAUCUGCAGCUUAAGACAUACUCUAGCAGUGGUGCGGAAAGGAAAAGGGUCUCGCCGUCCCCGCUACCAACUCCAACUGCUACAUCAUUACCAGAAACACCCAGAGAUGGGAUCAUUAGCUUUCCAACCGAGUGUCUGAUAUCACUCGUUACACUCUUAUUCAUCUCGAUGCUUAUCAAAAAUCGUUACAUCGCCGAAGGCGAAAUUGGCAUCAAGAAAGAAUGGAUAUUUUUAAUCAAAGAGUAA